AUGAACACAGAUCAUCGCAAUGACGGCGAUGGUUGGAGAGCUGUGCCUGCAAACCAGGCUAAUUAUGCAGCGAGGUCAUAUUCUGACGAUGAUGAUCCCUCGCAAGGUCGAGACAAAAGUGAUGAGCUUCUGCCCCGGAGUUAUAUUCUGUCAACAAGAUGUAUGAUGCGCGAUUUCGCGACGUGUCAUGAUGACUUCGGCUUAAAGCCUCCAGAUGGAGUCCUUAAAGAGCGCACAUUCCCAUGGCUGGGCUUUGUUCAAUAUCUUCAUGUUACCACAGGCUUGCCACAUCAUAGCAAGGCUCCGAGAGUAGUUUUAGUACACAAACAAUUCGCUAUGGGCACAGCCACUGAUAUGCUUCUUUUACCCAAGAACUAUAAAUUGGGCAAUGUUUUGUUCGGGGACUACGUUCGAGAUGAAGAAGAUUGCGGCCUCACUCGGUCACAGACAAAAAUGGGAGUGUCGUGUCCGAGAGCUUAUCUGGAGAUCCCUCUCAUAGAUAUCAGCCCACAUCCUGAGUAUUCUAGAUUUGGAGUUGGCAACAGUCUCGCUUUAGUGAAGCUUUUAAGGCCGGUUAAAUCACAAUAUAUGAUACCUAUAUGUUUGCCCUCAAUUGACGAGCGUGAAAAGAAACGGAGGAAUAAAUUUGUUUUUAUGGUUGAUUAUCUAAGUUCUGUGCCGAGAGACUUUGACUCUGAGAAAAUGGCAAAAAAGACUUUAAAAUUUUAUACCCACAAAGAGUGCAGGAAACUCAGAAUGCGCAGCAAACUGGGCAGCGAAGGCGUCACACACGUUUUGUGUAGUUCUGGAUGUGGCAUCCGGCCAGGAGCUCCCUUAGUCACCCACGCGCUUGAAGGGAGUUUCCAGCUCAUGGGGAUAGCCGCUGGUGGAGCUCCAUGCAACCGGCGGUCUAUGAGGAACAGACUAAACAAAGAACCUCCUCUGUAUAUUGAUGUUUAUCCAUAUGUCAACUGGAUAAUUAAUUACAUCACCGCUAAUGUUUUACCGCGACCUUACCCAGAAACCUUUCAGUUAGUUGACGGCGGUCCUGCAAUGGGAAUAAAUAAAGGGUAUUUAAGAGCAAGAAAACCCCAACGAUCUGGUUGGCGUGCGCGUACCUUCGUAUCAGGGAACACGUGCUUUAAAAGCUUAAAAAAGCAAAGCACUACAGCAUUCUUUUAUUCCGAAAACUUUGAAGUAAACGCUGAUCCUCCUGGGAAAUUGAAUGUCAUUAUGAAGAUAUCAGCGGGCAUAGAGUGUACAAUUGUGUGUGCACGUCUCUUAUUGCCUAAUCGUCUCGUAACGCCUGUAAUAGAGGGAGUUGGUGGUUAUAAUAUAACAAUUACUUUCAACACAGAAUGGUUUCCAUACACUUUCUAUUUUGGCUUAGGUCUCAACGGGAAGAAUACCACUUACAGAGACUUCUCAAAAUGGAUUGUAGAACGGUCACCUGGUUUUUGGUAGUUUUAAAAUUAAGGGUAAUAAAAAAAAUAAAGUGAAUGUUUUGUAUCAAUAUAUUUAUGAUUGCCUUUCAUUAUCAUAUUGACUUUAAUACAUAAAAAGUAUAAAAAGUUCGAACCUAAGUGAAUAAAACUGCAAUGCAAAUUAAAUUCACAUAUUACUUAAACAUAUAAGCGAGACGUAAUAGAUCCUAAUCUUCUGCACUAGAAUCUUUAUUUAAAACACUACUUAAAAUUCAGGCCAAAUACGCGGCAAAUGUCAAUUGCAUUAUAUGUACCGCCUAGAAACAUUAAUAAGUUUAAUGUCUCAAAACAAUAGCAAUUACAACACAAAG